AUGUCCAAGACUACCCGACGGUAUAUGCCCCCGCGGCAGGGGAACGACUGUGACCGGCUGACAAGGCCCCGUCCCCAACUGCUACUGCUGCUGCUGUUCCUCCUCGGGGCGCUGGUGGUGGUCCUGGUUCUCGGGUUCUACGUGUCCAACGUCUCCGACGGGAACAGCGUGUCUGCUGCAGAUCUGACCAAAGACAAGCGGUCUCAAUAUCACAAACACACGAAGUACUCUUCGACUCAAGUGCAGCGCUUAGCCUCCCAAGUGGAUGGAAAUCGGUUGUGGGAAGCUCAUCUGAGGCCCAUCCUGAUAGAGAGGCUGCCUGGGUCGAAAGGCAGCCUGGUUGUACGGCAGCAUAUUACCUCCACGUUGUCCUUGCUGUCCGCCGGCUGGGACUUAGACCUGGACACCUUCACGGCCGCCACGCCAAAAGGGAUGGUCACGUUCACAAAUAUCAUUGCCAUUCUGGACCCUUCGGCCCCUCGCAGGCUGCUGCUGACGUGUCAUUACGACUCCAAAGCGCUACCUCCACACAGCCGGAACCCGGGGAGAGUCUUUAUUGGGGCUAGCGACUCAGCGGUGCCCUGCGCUAUGAUUUUGGAGUUGGCCACCGUGCUGGAUAAACAACUCAAGUCCUUCAAACAACAAAAGCCUCCUAUAACUCUGCAGCUCGUCUUUUUCGACGGGGAAGAGGCAUUUGGGCAAUGGACGGCCACAGACUCGCUUUACGGCUCCCGUCACCUGGCUCAACGUAUGGCCGCCACGCUCCACCCUGACGACAACUCAGAAACUACUCUGUUGCAAUCUGUGGAACUCUUUGUGCUGCUGGACCUUCUGGGUCCUCCUGAUCCACUGAUAGUAAACCACUUUGACAACACGGCACGCUGGUUCGACCAACUGAUGGCAGCGGAGAAGCGCCUCCAUCGUCAGGGUCUCCUGAAGUCGCACCCGUCAGAGCACUCAUACUUCAGGAAGGACAGGAGCUUCGGAAGGGUUGAGGACGAUCAUGUCCCCUUUCUUCGUAGAGGCGUCCCGGUACUUCACGUCAUCGCAACGCCCUUCCCGCAUGUGUGGCACACGUUCGACGACACCGAGGAGAACAUGCAUCGGCCUACGGUGGAGAAUUUGACCAAGAUCUUGGCAUUGUUCCUGGCCGAGUAUCUUGGGUUGUGA